GAGAUGGAUGCAGCAACAAUAUCAGCAGCAUCAUCACGAGCAGCCGAAUCACAAGCAGCAGCAGCAGCAGGGCGACUGUAGAGCUCCUUCAAACAGCACUGGCCGGCAUCUUUCGGCGCACUGUCUCCGCCCCGCGUUCCUCCCACCGUCCAUCCCAGGCCUCCACCACUCCCCUCCCUGCUCCCCGCCCCGCUCCUCGUUCCCCACCCGCCUUGCCCAACGACCCUCAACCCUCCCAAUCGUGUGCCCCUGCCCAUCGCCGCUCCUUCUCUUUCUCCGGAUCAGACAGUUUUGACCUAAGUGACUUGAGCGCUGACCUAGCUGGCUUGAGCAUGGAGGUAGCUGACUCCAAGUUGGAGAAUGCUGACUCAAACUUGGAGAGUUCUGGCUCGAAUUUUGAAGUCUCCGGCUCUGCCACUCAUGCUGACCCUGCUUUGCACUCUCGAGCCGUUUUUCCUGCAUCCAACGCGGGAGGCCUGCCGACGCAGAUGCUGCAAGCACUAACCUACCAGCAGCGUCAGCAGCUGCAGCAGCAGUUUCAGCAGUAUCAGCAGCAGCAGCAGCUGCAGCAGCAGCUGCAGCAGUAUCAGCAGCAGCAGCAGCAGUUUCAGCAGUAUCAGCAGCAGCAGUUUCAGCAGUAUCAGCAGCAGCAGCAGCAGCAGCAGCUGCAGAGUUGGAUGUACGAGCCGCAUCAUUUACCAUAUAGACUGCAGCAGCGGCAGCAGCAGCAGCAGCAUCACCAGCAUCAGCUCCAGCAGCAGCAGCAGCAGCAGCAGCAGCAGCGGUGCCUAGAUUUCACCCAACCUCUUAGCCUGCCUCUGCCAGAGCGCCAGGGAGGCGGAUGGGGCAGCGAGGGAAGGGAGGGAGGCAGACCAGCAGCUUUGGAACGCCUUGGUGGUUUUGAUGGCGAGUGUAGGCCGGAUUUUCGUGGUGGUGGUGACAGGUGCAGUGGCAGCAGCAGCAGCAGCAGCGGCGGCGGUGGAGGCGGCAGUGGUGGCAGACGCAAAGGGGAUGAGCGGGUGGGAGGGUGUAGUUUGGUCGGUGGCGAGGCCUGGAUUGCCCAGCAGCUUGUGAGAGGGGGAAGCAGUAACUUUGAGGCUGCAAGAAGCACGAGUGAGGAGGAGAGGGAGGAGGAUUUGAGGGAGUUGGAUGUGGGUAACCUGGUGAUGAGGCGGAGUAGCAGCGAGGGGCGAGGAGAUGCAGUGGGGGAGCCGCAGGGGUUGAGGGGUCUGAUGAAACGGCAAGAGGACGAUGAGGGGGAGGAAGGAGGGGGUUCAGGAGGAGAGAAUGCUGCGUUGGAUGUGCUUAGCGGGGUGCAAGAGGGAGAGAUGGUAGGGGAGCAGCAUGGGCACCUGGGACAGCAGAUGCAGGGGAGGCAGCUGGUGCAACAGAGGCAGCAGGAGUGGCAAGAGCAGCGGCAAUGGCGGCACCAUCAGCAGCUGUUGCAGCAGUUUCAGAAUCAAUGGUGGUGGCAGCAGCAGCAGCAGCAUGAGAAGCCAAAACAGCAGCAGAGACAGGAGCAGAAACAGCAGCAGAGACAGGAGCAGAAACAGCAGCAGCAGCAGCAGCAGCAGCAGCAGCAGCAAAGGCUGCCACAGCCAUGCUUUGACUACACCAACCCACGGCCCAGCAUGCAGACUGCUCCGUACAAUCCCACCCAGCCCAACAGAGACGCCGGGACACCUACAGGCACCGGCACAGAGGCAGGGGGAGAGGCGGGUCAGCUAAGGCGCAGUCAGACGGAGGACUGGGGGGCACACGGGGCUCUUGAGUCGACUCAAAAGGAGAUUGAGGACUGGAGAGCACACGGGGCGAUGGUGGGUGAGGCAAGGGGGCAGUAUGCCAGUGCUGGUGCUGGCAGGUUUGGAAGCAACAGCGCAGUGGCAGCAGCAGCAGCAGGCGGAGAUGGAGUGGCAGAGGGAGGAAAGCUGAGGCGCAGUCACACAGAGGACUGGAGGGCGAACAGGGCGUUGGUGCGUGACGCGAGGGGGCAGCAUGAGCAGCGCGUUGGACAGGCUUUUGGGCCGCCUGCUGAAGGGCCGUCUGGCCGGCCGUUUGAAGGGGCUUUUGGGCGGCAUGUUGAAGGGGCUCUUGGGCGGCCUGUUGAGGGGCAUUUUGUGCGGCCCUCAGAUGAACGGCCGCCAGAAGCUGGGUUCGCUGCUGCUGCUGCCGGUGCUCCCGCUGAUGCUCUUAGGUUUGGGUUUGGGAGCAGUGGGGGAGCAGCAGGAGGAGCAGAGGCUUCAGCAGGUGAGGGAGUCUGUGGCGGAGUGUGGUUCCCCUCUGCUGCGGAGUGUGGAUCAGCGUUGUAUGGCCGCAGCAUGACCCUUGACAGGCAGAGUUACAGGGGCCGGGGCACAGCCAUGGGCAUUGGAAUGGGGAUGGGCACGGGUAUGGGGACGGGUAUGGGCAUGGGUAUGGGGAUGGGCAUGAGUAUGGGUAUGCAGACGGGGAUGCAGAUGGGCAUGCCGAUGGGGAUGCCGGUGGGGAUGCCUCAGUUGGAGCGCAGGCGGACAGUGAGCAGGGUGCAUUUCAGUGAGGACGUGGAUGUGGUCAUGUUUGACGAGGCUGAUGUGGCGUCCGCUGUGCUCCGAAGCUGACGUGGCGUUUGCCAGUCCUGCAAGGCUGACUUGGCGUCUGCCGGUGCUGUGGUCUUAGCGUCUGCAAGCUGGUGUUGCCGCUGAUGGAAAACUAGUGGUGGACGUCACGCUCUUCCACACCACGACAAUAAAUGGCAAUAGUUGUGCCUUCUUGGCGCAAUGAGCCUUAUGUAUAGCAAUGGUUGCUAUACACUAUGCCGUGCCCAGGGCUGACUUUAUCAGACUAUUUACUCUGAUUAGUCUGAAAUCUCAGACCGGUUUUUUGGCUAAACCUGAAUUUCCAG